AUGGGCAUUCUUAACGUCGUUGAGGAUCGUCCUACUCCUAAGAAUGUCUACAACUGGCGAGUGUACUUGCUCGCAGCCAUUGCAUCAUGUGGUUCCAAUAUGAUUGGUUAUACGAGUGCCUUUAUUGGUACAACCAUCACACUGGACUCCUUUAAAGAGGAAUUUGGCUUGGACAAAAUGUCAUCUGCGCAAGUGGACUUAAUCAGCGAGAAUAUUGUCUCGCUGUUCAUUGCCGGUGCCUUCUUUGGGGCCCUCUUUACCUACCCUGUUGGCCAUUUCCUCGGACGCAAAUGGAGCUUGGUGAUCGCUUCAGCCAUCUUCACGUUAGGAGCCGGUCUCCAGCUGGGUGCCAACCACUCCCGCGGACUUGGAAUCAUGUAUGCUGGACGUGUCCUGAAUGGACUCGGUACCGGUGUCGCCUCGAACAUCGUCCCAAUCUAUCUCUCGGAACUGGCACCUCCGGCCAUCCGUGGGCGACUUGUCGGUCUCUAUGAACUUGGCUGGCAGAUUGGUGGUAUGGUGGGAUUUUGGAUCAACUACGGUGUCCAAAAAAACAUGGAACCUGGCCAUACUCAAUGGUUAAUCCCAUUUGCCGUUCAGCUGAUCCCGUCUGGGCUGCUUUUUGCUGGUGCCUUAUGGACAAAGGAAUCCCCUCGGUGGCUCUUCCUCAAGGACCGCCGACAGGAGGCAAUGGCAAAUCUCUGCUGGAUUCGUCAGUUGAGCGAGACCGAUAUUUAUAUCACUGAAGAGGUGGCAGCUAUCGACCAAGCGCUUGAAGAGCAGGCAGCCACCAUUGGUAUUGGAUUCUGGAAGCCAUUCCAGUCCGUUGGCACACGCCCAAAGAUCUUGUGGCGUCUUUUCCUGGGCUGCAUGUUAUUCUUCUGGCAGAAUGGAUCCGGCAUUAACGCGAUCAACUAUUACAGUCCAACCAUCUUCAAAAGUAUCGGUGUCAAUAGCAAUACGAUCGGAAUAACCACGGGUUUGUUUGGUGUGGUGAAAGCCGUUAUGACAUUCGUGUGGCUUCUGUUCCUGGUUGACCAGUUGGGAAGACGGAAGCUUCUCCUGAUCGGUGCAAUUAUGGGUUCCAUCUGUAUGUGGGUUAUCGGUGCUUACAUCUAUGUUGUCGAGCCUGAGCAACAUCCCACCGACCACUUGAACGGUGGUGGUAUUGCAGCCAUCUUCUUCUUCUACCUGUGGACAGCGAUCUACACGCCUACAUGGAACGGCACACCCUGGGUUAUCAACUCGGAAUUCUUCGAUCCCAACAUCCGUUCCCUGGCCCAGGCCGCAACCACCGCCAGCAAUUGGCUGUUCAACUUCCUUGUUUCCCGCUUUACGGAGCAAAUGUUCGCCGCGAUGGGCUAUGGAGUGUACUUCUUCUUCGCUUCCUUAUCUUUCCUCGCCUUCUUCUUCGCCUUCUUCCUCAUUCCCGAGACCAGCGGUAUCCCGCUAGAAGUUGUGGACCGCCUCUUCGAGGUUAAGCCGGUGUGGCGGGCCAAUGAGAAGGUCAAGGCUCAGAUGAAGGAGGAGGAAGAGCGAUUCCGCUUCGAGAUCAAGGAGGGAAACUUUGAUAAGAGCGAAGAGGAACAUGUGGAGGAUGGUAAUGAGACGAGAUCAUAG